AUGGUUUCAGCAAUUUUGCAAGUUCAAGGGAAAGAAGGUGCACUAGUUCAUGGAGCUUCUGCAGACAUCAAUGUACACAAUCCAACUGUAGAACCUACACAAUUUACGAGUGCACUAAUUUGGGUUCGUGCUGAUCCAAAUGAAAACUUUGAUUAUAUAACUGCUGGAUGGACGGUUAAUAAAGAUGAGCAUCGCGGGUGCUACAAUACUUUUUGCACAGGUUUUGUGCAAGUUGAUAGAUCAGUGACUCCAAGUGCUAGUUUAUCUCCAAUUUCUACAAUUGGUGGAACUCAAUAUGUGAUCAAAGUCCAUGUUUAUCAGGAUCCCUUAAGCAGGAACUGGUGGUUGAUAAUCACAAGUAAUAGUUUAGUUAUUGGUUAUUGGCCACAGACCUUAUUUGCUUAUUUAGGUGAUGGUGCUACUAGUGUUUCUUGGGGAGGGGUUGCACAGGCUGGUUCUAAUGGAGUUAGCCCUCCAUUAGGAAAUGGUCGUUUCCCAUAUGAUCCAUUUCCAUGCUAUUUCGAAUGGAUGAAGAUUGUGAAUAAGGACUAUGGUAUUGAUCCUGUAUUAAAGAAAAUAGAUAUAACUACUUAUGUGGAGGGAAAGAACUGCUAUGACAUACUUUAUCAUAAAUAUGUACCUGAACGAGGAGCAACUCUGACAUUUGGUGGACCUGGUGGCAUCAACUGUGGUUAG